UUCACCACUGAGCGAACGAGUUGACUUGAAUGCAGCAUGGCUGUAAUCGCACAUGAAAUCGUACAAUCUGAUAGUAGUAUAGUGAUGUAUUAGUUUGGGUUGGGGUCUCGCAGGAAGCCAGCGGACAUGGCUGCUGGGCUCUUACUCUUCGUUGCAGUGAACGUCGCGUGCUUGGCCGUCAGUGGAAACCUGGUCUCAGGAGAAAGAUCAUUCUCUAUAGACUACAAAAACAACUGUUUCCUCAAGGAUGAGAAGCCUUUCCAGUACAUCUCAGGCAGCAUUCACUACUCCAGAAUCCCACGGGACUACUGGAAGGACCGGCUGCUGAAGAUGUACAUGACUGGACUCAAUGCUAUCCAAGUAUAUGUGCCCUGGAACUUCCAUGAAGCCGUGCAGGGGGUCCACAACUUCACGGGGGACCGAGAUCUGGAGCAUUUUUUGAAUCUGGCCAAUCAGACAGGUCUCCUGGUCAUCCUGCGUCCAGGACCGUACAUCUGUGCAGAAUGGGAAAUGGGUGGACUGCCAGCGUGGUUACUUCAGAAACCAAACAUCAUACUUCGCUCAGCUGACACAGAUUAUGUGGAGGCAGUCAGCAACUGGCUCGCUGUUCUUCUGCCCAAAAUGAAGCCUUGGCUGUAUGUCAACGGGGGAAACAUCAUUACUGUGCAGGUGGAGAACGAAUAUGGAAGUUACUACGCUUGUGACUACAACUACAUGCGUCACCUGCAAACCCUGUUCCGCUUCUUCCUGGGUGAAGACACGGUCCUGUUCACCACGGACGGAAACACAGACAGGGAGAUGAGAUGCGGGACUCUGGAGGGAUUGUACGCCACAGUCGACUUCGGCACAGACAACAAUGUAAGUGAAGCCUUCAGCCGGCAAAGGCGGUUUGAACCUCGAGGGCCUCUGGUGAACUCAGAGUUCUACACUGGCUGGUUGGACCACUGGGGGGAUCGGCACGCUGUGGUUGAUGCUCAGAAGGUCAGCAGAGUGCUAGAAGAAAUGCUAACCAUGGGGGCCAACGUCAACAUGUACAUGUUUGAAGGAGGCACUAACUUUGGCUACUGGAAUGGCGCUGAUCACGACACGAGGUUCCGCUCAGUGGUGACUAGUUAUGAUUACGAUGCCCCGCUGUCUGAGGCAGGAGACCCCACGGAGAAGCUGUUGGCCAUCAGAGAUGUCAUUAAGCAGUUUAGAGAGGUUCCCUCUGGCCCCAUGCCACCAGCAACUCCCAAGUUUGCCUAUGGCUUUGUCAGCCUGACAAAGGUUGGAAACAUCAGCGACCUGUUGAACACCCUCUCGCCCCUGGGGCCGGUGAAAUCCCAGCAUCCUCUGACGUUUGAAGAGAUGAAACAGUACUAUGGAUACAUGCUUUAUCGGACCACGCUGCCCAGGGACCUCUCACAGCCCACGCCACUUAUCUCUCCACUGAAUGGGGUUCAUGACCGUGCAUAUGUGUCCGUCAAUGGGGUUUUCCAGGGCCUGUUGGAGAGAGACACUGUGCUUGUGACGAACAUCACUGGACAGCAGGGGGACACUGUGGACAUCCUCGUGGAGAACAUGGGCAGAGUGAACUUUGGCAGCAAGAUCAAUGACUACAAGGGCCUCUUGAGCAACCUGUUUCUGGGCAAAGAUUUACUGACUGACUGGAAGAUCUUCCCUUUGGACAUUGAUGGAGCCAUCGCUGGUGGAUGGCCUCAUUCAGACAGUCACAAGGCCUCUCAGAAAGAACCUUCAGCUGGACCGGUUUUCUACAUGGGGACCCUACAGCCCAAUGGCCUGGCUUGGGACACCUUUCUCAAGCUCCAUGAAUGGAAAAAGGGCCAGGUUUGGAUUAAUGGUGUGAAUCUGGGACGGUACUGGCCAGCCAGGGGCCCUCAACAGACUCUAUACGUCCCUGGACCCCUGCUCAGCACCACCCUGCCCAACAACAUCACAGUGCUGGAGCUGGAGGGGGCCCCGGCACACCUACGGGUUCUCUUCAUGGACCGGCCUCAGCUCAACGCCACUGCUGGAAAGUCUUGACAGAGCGUGCUGCGUUUUGUUGCACAAAAUGUUCAACAUUCAACUGAAGGAAUACUAUAUCCUCAUAUGAGUUUAAAGCACUCUGCACAAGAAGUGGAGUGAUGUAGUUCUCCGAACAAUUCAGCUGACAUGAGGAAACGCUUUGUUCCGCAUCAUUUCUGUGGCAUCAUUAUUCUUAAGAACUUCAGAUUUCAGUGUUUCAUUUAUAGACAAUUCUUUUCAACCCAAUGUCAACUGCUUUGACCUUUGACACAGCAGCUUCUGUCAAACAGUGAUCCAUUGACCAUUUUGUCUUUAAAGGGACAGUUCACUUCAAAAUCUAAAAUACUUUUUCCCCUCUUACCUGUAGUGCUAUUUAUCCAACUGCAUUGUUUUGGUAUAGUGAUAUUGUCGUCUUCGUUUUAUUGAAUAUCAUAAAACUUGAUGGUGCUCGGCUUGUGUCCAAAAAAAUACAUUUGAAAAAAAAGAUAAGAUAAUCCACACACCUUGUCGUGAGCAGUUUUAUAUAGGAACUAUUUUCUUUCUACCGAGCUACACCCAUCUGCCGCAUCACUGCGCUGAAGGAAGCUUGCAUCUCCUCACAGAUGAGAGGCUCGUGCUCAUGAAGGUGGGAUGUAAACAUUAAUGGUGUCCUCCUCCGCUGGACUGUAACGCUAGUUAGCAGCACUGGUUUGCUAUUAACUAACCUCCACAAGAUAGCAACAUCAGACUAGGGUUAAGGGAGUAGAUACAAACUUCUGUCUGCGCAGUGAUCCGGUUGGCGGGUGCAGUUCUGUAGAAAGAAAAUAGUUCCUCCAUGAAACUGCUGAUAACAAGGUCUGUGGAUUAUCUUCAACACAAGUCAAGUGCCAUCUAGCUCCAUUAUAUUGGAGAGAAGACAGACAGAACUCAUCUAGAUGAUAAGUAGCACUACAGGCAAGAGGAAAAACAGGCAUUUUUGAUUUUGGGGUGAACUGUCCCUUUAAGGUCAAACACUCACUGACACCUGUGGAAAUAAUGACAAUGAUAUGCAAACAGUAUUAAAGUUUUUUUUAUUGCA